AUGAACUGGUCAAAAGAACUACCAGUUCAGUUCUUUUCAAUAGAACUAUUAAUUAUGAAACUUAUAAUUAAUCUCCUCUGUUUUUUUAUUAUUAUAAUAACAAUUGGUGCUCCACCAGUUGCUGACAAUCGUAGAAAUGAAAAAUUACAAGCUGCUUCAAAUAAUAAUCAAAAUCAAGAUGAUGUAUUAGAUGAUCUUGAAUAUGGACGAUAUUUAAAAGAAGUUGUUGAUAUACUUGAAAGUGACCCAGCCUUUAAAGACAAAAUUCAACGUGCAUCUGUAGAUGAUAUUAAGUCAGGAAAUAUUGCUGAACAUUUAAGUCUUGUUCAACAUCAUGUUCGUUCAAAACUUGAUGAAGCAAAACAACGAGAAAUGUCUCGAUUAAGAGAUUUAGUUGGACAAAAAUUUCGUAAUAUGAAUGAAAAACAACGUCAGGCAUUUGCUCGAGCUGAUCCAAAUGGAAGAAGAAUGCAAGAAUUUCUUCCUCAACAUCUUGAUCAUAAAAAUUGGGAAACAUUUGGUCAAGAUGAUCUUGAACGUUUAAUUCGACAUGCAUCAAAAGAUCUCGAUGAACUCGAUCGAAAACGUGAAGAAGAAUUUAAACAAUAUGAAAUACGAAAAGAAUAUGAACGUCGUGCAAAACUCGCUAAACUCAAUAUAGAUGAACGUAAAAGAUUGGAACAAUUACAUCGAGCAACAUUAGAGAAAAAGAAAAAACAUCGACCAGUCAAUCAUCCCGGUAGUGUUGAUCAAAUGGAAGAAGUAUGGGAAAAAGUUGAUAAAUUAGAAGCUGAUCAAUUUAAACCGAAAGCGUUUUUUAAAUUACAUGAUGUUAAUAGUGAUGGACUAAUAGAUGAAGAUGAACUCGAUGCAAUUAUGGUCAAAGAGGCAGAUAAAAUUUAUGAAGCAACACCAGAUGCUGAUCCUGUUGAAAGAGAAGAAGAAAUCGAUCGAAUGCGUGAACAUGUGAUGAAAGAAUUCGAUAAAAAUAAUGAUCGAAUGCUUACCUUAGACGAAUUUGAACAUGGUCUCAAAGGAACAGGUGCCAAAAAUGAUCAAGGAUGGAAGUCCAUCGAAGAUAAUGAUGUUUUUUCUGAUCAAGAAUUUCAACGUUUUUCAGAAAAAAUGGCUCCUGUCUCAACUUCAAUACCUCAUUAUCAAACUCCUUCACCUGCCAGUAAUCAACAAGAACAUGUACCACCUGAAGUAGCAGUUCAACCACCUCCAGCAGCUCCACCUGCUAAUAAUCAACAACAACAAGUUUUACCUAACAUGCCUGUUCAAUCUCAAAAUCAAACAUCAUCUCAACCACCAAAACUUAUGCCUCGCUCUCCCUAA